GGAGGCAGGUCCUGGAGCCCCGGGCGGGCUCUCCCCAGAGUCGGGCAGACGGCGGCAGCGGCGGCAGCGGGAGCGGCGGUGUCUCCACACCUUCCCUCCUUCCCCUCCCUUCCCUACCGGGCCUGGCCUCUCAGCCCGACGAGUGAGAGCGAGCCAGAUAUGGCCCUAACAGUGGAUGUGGUGGGGCCAGGGCCCUGGGGCUUCCGGAUCACUGGGGGCAGGGAUUUCCACACGCCUAUCAUGGUGACCAAGGUAACUGAGAGGAGCAAGGCUGAGGCUGCUGACCUCCGGCCUGGAGACAUUAUUGUGGCCAUCAACGGGGAGAGUGCUGAGGGUAUGCUUCAUGCUGAGGCCCAGAGCAAGAUCCGCCAGAGCCCCUCACCCCUGAGGCUGCAGCUAGACCGGUCUCGGGCUGCUUCCCCCCAGCAGACCAAUGGGGAAAGCUCUGUGGAAGGGCUGGCGACUCGCUUCCAGGGCUCCGUGAGGACGCACACUGACAGCCAGUCCUCCCUGAGGUCUUCCUGCUCCAGCCCAGUCUUUUCCAGCCCCCAGCCCGGCAGCCCGUUCUCUGCCCUGCCCCCCACCAGCCCGCAGGCCCUCCCUGGAGAGACUGUUGUCAGCCGCAGUUUCCAGAGCCUGGCACAUUCCCCGGGAUUGGUUGCUGCUGACCGCUUUUCCUACGGGGGCCACCCCAGAAGUCGACCGGCCAGCCUCACCCGCGCCGCGGCUGGUGACUCGGCUGUGCUGGUGCUGCCGCCUUCCCCGGGUCCCCACUCCUCCAGUCCCAGACUCAGUGUGGACUCAGAGGGGGGAAGCCGCCUUCUGGAGGAGGAUUCAGAAGUCUACAAGAUGCUGCAGGAAAAUCGUGAGGGGCGGGUGGCCCCCCGACAGUCCAGCUCCUUUCGGCUCUUGCAGGAGGCUCUGGAGGCUGAAGAGAGAGGUGGCACACCUGCCUUCCUGCCCAGCUCGCUGAGCCCCCAGUCCUCCCUGCCCACCUCCAGGGCCCUGGCCACCCCGCCCAAGCUCCACACGUGUGAGAAGUGCAGCACCAGCAUUGUGAACCAGGCUGUGCGCAUCCAGGAGGGGCGGUACCGCCACCCAGGCUGCUACACCUGUGCGGACUGUGGGCUGAACCUGAAGAUGCGUGGGCACUUUUGGGUCGGAGACGAGCUGUACUGCGAGAAGCAUGCCCGUCAGCGCUACUCCUCGCCCCCCGCCCUCAGCUCCCACACCUGAGUACCCGGCUAGGUUCUCAACCUGCCCUAGACCGAGUAGGCACCUGUGCACCAAUAGCAAGUUGGUAUGGAAGGGUGGUGGUUGGUGGUGGGGCCCCUGCCUCCAGUCUGGGUGAGGCUAGAGCCUGGGACCUGUGAUGGGCUAUGGAUGAGGACAGCCUCACCAUCCCAGGCCUCUGCUAGAUACUCACUUCCUCCUGUAGAACAGGCUGUGCACCAAAGUGGAGGUGGGUACUGCAUUGGAUAUCUUUGUGCAACAGGGAUUAAGCAGGUUGGGAUACAGAGAUAAAUAUGUAGAAAGAGAGGGAUAGGUCAGAGGUUAAAGGUAUUCACUCUGUAAAGUUUUCAGCAUAUGAACUCUAUAAAUAUACAUAUAUGGAUGAAACAAA